UAAGGUUCUGAGCCCAGUCCGUUCAAACACAUUAAGUGUUUUACAUAAAGUGAAGUGAAAAAUGCCUCCCAAGACUAGUGGAAAGGCAGCCAAAAAGGCUGGAAAGGCUCAGAAGAACAUUACCAAGAACGACAAGAAGAAGAAGCGCAAGAGGAAGGAGAGCUAUGCCAUCUAUAUUUACAAAGUUCUGAAGCAAGUCCAUCCUGACACUGGUAUUUCGUCGAAAGCGAUGAGCAUCAUGAACAGCUUUGUAAAUGACAUCUUCGAGCGCAUUGCUGCCGAGGCGUCUCGCUUGGCUCAUUACAACAAGCGCUCAACCAUCACCAGUCGGGAAAUCCAAACGGCUGUGCGCCUGCUGCUGCCGGGAGAGCUGGCCAAGCACGCUGUUAGUGAGGGAACCAAGGCUGUCACCAAGUACACCAGCUCCAAGUAAAUUGGUUUCGAACAAAACCCAAAAAGGCCCUUUUCAGGG